AGUACUAGCAUUUCUUGUUUCUCUAUCUUUCCUUCGCUAUGCCUAGUUUUACGCCCAUUACAGAGACUGUUACGUCAUGCGCACUGCCACCAGCCGAGAAGGACUUCUUACGGCCAGUGGAGCUGGUGUGUACGGAUAUGGACGGCACUGUGUUGGGACCUGACCACAGCAUUCACGAGGUCACUUUCGAGAAGAUUCACCGAGCACAGAAAUUGGGAUGUGCUGUUAUCCCCGCCACUGGACGAUGUAGGAUGUCGGCGGCGAAAUGCUUCUCUAAGGGAGGGAUCGAUCUAUACUCUCUUCCCGGUGUCUAUCUCAACGGCUGUGUCGUCUACGAUGAUAAGGGCAACGUUGCAUCGAAUGUCGUGCUUGACUACCAAAUAGUAUGUGAUCUGGUGAAUGGGCUGCGUCACCAAAGAGAGGUGAUACCUCUCAUAUGCAGUGGCGAUCGAGUCUUGGCGCCUUUCACUAACGAUUUCGUCAAGUGCAUGGAACGGAUGUUCGAUGAUCCUACUCCUGAAGACUGUGGUGGCUACGACGGUCUACUCAGGAAGGUUCGUGAGGAUUCUAUUCCGGUUCACAUGAUCCAUGUUAUUACUCCCGAUCCUGAAUACCUGAAGUCGGAAGUUGUCGGACGAUUGAAGGGAUUCGCCGCGUCUCAUGGAUGCGCCGCAGCUCAGUCUUUGUCAUUCCUCUGCGAUAUUAUACCGGCAGCAGCAAAUAAGGGAUACGGCAUUCGUGUUUUGAAGGAGCGCCUUGGAUAUAAUUCUAUUGCUUGCAUUGGCGAUGCAAUGAACGACAAGGAGAUGUUACAGAAUGCUGAUGUACCUGUUGUUAUGGGGAACGCGAUGAAUGAAAUUAAGACUCUAGGUAGACUGAAAGUGAACGCCAACGAUCACGCAGUUCUCCCGGGUGUGGCUGAUUUGAUUAGUCGAAUAAUAGCCGCCAAGCAAUAAUACUGUUGCGCAUGCGUGCAUAUUCUUUGUCCUCUUGUACAGUAGCACUAAGUGGCUUCCUUUCUAUCCUUCGGCACUUCACCCAGAUCGCGGCAUCAGCGAUUCAGUGUUUCUCG